AAACAGCACAGCAGCUCGAGCAACGAAACACAGCGCAGCGAAGCGAAAGGGAAGGGAGGGUGAGGAGCGGCGGAAAGCAGCGGAACCCCAGCCCAAUCCAGCCCAUCCCAGCCCAGCACGCGUCAGCACGGUCACGGGGACUGCUGCGGUCAGUGAACGCGGCGCUGCAAGAACAAUCUCUCCAGCAGCGGGUAACGGGCUGCGGGGCGACUCGCUCGUGCGCGCGCGCGGGGGGCACUAACUAACUCACGCUUACGGCAGCUAAUAACUUGUCUAAAAGCAGAACCGCGAGCAGAAGGAGUAAAGGGGCACCUGUGGCGGGCGAGGAGCUCACACCGCGUGCAGAGGAGCAGCCGCGGGCUCGGCGGAGGCUCGUGCCUCGCGGUCAGACGCGGAGCAGAAGUUGCUAGUUUUUUGUUGUUUUGUUUUUGUAGCUCUGCAGAGAAAGAGAGAGCGCGUGCGGGAGGAAGAGCGGAGGGGGGCUGCAGGAAUGUCCCAGAAGGAGAGACCCACUUUCUAUCGGCAGGAGCUCAAUAAGACCAUAUGGGAGGUUCCGGAGAGGUACCAGAACCUCUCCCCGGUGGGCUCGGGGGCUUAUGGGUCGGUGUGCUCGGCGUAUGACAUCCAAUCAGGGCUGAAGAUCGCUGUGAAGAAACUGUCCCGACCUUUCCAGUCCAUCAUCCACGCCAAGCGCACUUACCGAGAGCUCCGGCUGCUUAAACACAUGAAGCACGAGAAUGUGAUUGGCCUGCUGGAUGUUUUCACACCUGCCACCAACCUGGAGGAAUUUAAUGACGUGUACCUGGUGACUCACCUGAUGGGCGCUGACCUCAACAACAUCGUCAAAUGCCAGAAGCUGACGGACGACCAUGUGCAGUUCCUCAUCUAUCAGAUUUUACGGGGCCUGAAGUACAUCCACUCAGCGGACAUCAUCCACAGAGACCUAAAGCCUAGCAACCUGGCAGUAAAUGAAGACUGUGAACUGAAGAUUCUGGACUUUGGGCUGGCGAGGCACACAGACGACGAGAUGACGGGCUACGUCGCAACGCGGUGGUACCGUGCCCCAGAGAUCAUGCUGAACUGGAUGCACUACAACAUGACGGUGGAUAUCUGGUCCGUCGGCUGCAUUAUGGCAGAGCUUCUCACUGGACGGACACUCUUCCCUGGCACUGACCAUAUUGAUCAGUUGAAGCUUAUCAUGCUGCUCGUCGGAACCCCAGGGCCCGAGCUCUUGAUGAAAAUAUCUUCAGAGUCUGCCAGAAACUACAUCAAUUCCUUGCCACAUAUGCCAAAGAGGAACUUUGCUGAUGUAUUCAUUGGUGCAAACCCAUUAGCUGUAGACCUCCUAGAGAAGAUGCUGGUUCUGGACACAGAUAAGCGGAUCACAGCCUCGGAAGCCCUGGCCCACCCGUACUUUGCGCAGUACCAUGAUCCUGAUGAUGAACCAGAGGCCGAUCCAUAUGACCAGAGCUUUGAGAGCCGGGAGCUGGAUAUCGAAGAGUGGAAAAGGCUGACCUAUGAGGAGGUGCUUAGCUUUGAGCCACCGGUGUUUGAUGGAGAUGAGAUGGAGUCCUGAGGAGCUGCUGCUCAUCCCUUCCUGUUGUAGAACGACUGCAGGGUUCAUCACCUCACGGACCCGCUCGUCUACGCAGGAUAAACGCACGCAAUGUGACGUUAAAGGAACAGAUUGCCCAAAAAAUGCCUUGUUCGCUAAAUCCUGAUUGAAAGAUAACAGCCGCUGGUUAGCAAUGCAUAGCAUUAGCUAGCUAGCAUUCAUUGAUUGUUAAUCUUGCUGUGUAUUUUUUUGGUCAGACUGUUCCUUUAAAGUGCCUGUGCCAUCUUUCAGUACUGGCUUCCUGAAGUUCAGAGACUUAUAUCUCCCCUCACACAUGUGCUGUGCUAUUUGUGAAUGGAGGAAAAAGAAAACAUAUUUACACACACAGACGUGCAUACACACGUGCGUACAUGGACUGGCCACUUCAUUUAAACCACCCCCUUUUUACACUCUCUAUUUUUUUCAGCUUCAGUGUGCAUAUAGGAGUACAUUGUAGUUUUACAGACUGUAGUCUUUUUACCCUGUUCAUCAAUAGUCAGGACCCCACAGGACCACCACAGACCAGGUGUUUGGUUUGGGCGGUGGGUCAUUUAUUUCACUGCAGUGAUUGGUGUGUGUUAUGCUAGUAUGAUUUGGGGUGUUUAAAAACUCCAACAGCACGGCUGCAUGAGAUCCAGUGUCCCUGCUGGACUGCGAAUAGUCCACCAACCAAAAACAAAUCGAGCUUGUGGGAACUUAUAAAAAACUAAAGGAUAACCAAGCCCUUUUCUCUGACUUUACUUUAUCUACAAUGUGAACCAUCUAGGUAGGAGUGUCUAAUAGAGUGGACAUUGACAGGACACUCCAGCAACACUGUCGUGUCGGCUCCACUCAAUUGUACCAGCACAACACACACUAUUAACACACCAUCACCACGUCAGUGUUACUGCAGUGCUAAAAACAACCAACCACUCAAAUAAUUAAUAGCUGCUCUGUGGGGUCCUGACCAAUAAAGAACAUGGAGUGAAACAGAUGGAUGAUUGUACUCUGUAAUCAUAGAAUUACAUAUAUACAGCUCUGGGAAAAAAAUAGACCACUUCAGAUUCUAAAUCAGUUUCUCUGAUUUUGCUAUUUAUAUGAGUAAAAUGAACAUUGCUGUUUUAUUCUAUAAACUACGGACAACAUUUCUCCCAAAUUUCAAAUAUUGUCAUUUAGAGUAUUUAUUUGCAGAAAAUGCAAAAUAGCUGAAAUAACAAAAAAGAUGCAGAGCUCUCAGACCUCAAAUAAUGCAAAAAAAAAAAACAAGUUAAUAUUCAUAAAGUUUUAGAAGCAUCUUGGCAUGUUCUCCUCCACCAGUCUUACACACUGCUUUUGGAUAACUUUAUGCCUUUACUCCUGGUGCAAAAAUUCAAGCAGUUCAGCUUGGUUUGAUGGCUUGUGAUCAUCCAUCUUUCUCUUGAUUAUAUUCCAGAGGUUUUCAGUUUCGGUAAAAGAUAAAACAUCAUAAUUAAGUGGUCUCCUAUUUUUUUUCCAGAGCUGUAUAUUUCAUCUAUUCUUUUAGUGUAGCUGACAAAAAUGUGUACAAACACAGCGGUGGUUCUAAUGAAAUGGCCAGUCUGAGUAUAGGCCCACCUCCACUAUGAUGUUGAGAUGGAAGCAGAGAAUGUAGAGUAUUAUUUAGUAUAAUUUUUUUCUUUCUCUAUUUCUCUUGCUGUUUUUUUUUGUUCUUUUAUAUAUAUAUAUAUAUAUAUAUAUUUACAUAUGUAUUUAAAUCUUGUGGGGACGGCGGGGGCAAUCAUAUCUUAAGUCUACCAGUAUCAAAACGUCUGGCCUGUAGUUUUAUUGCUUAUUGCUUCCCAGAGCAGCUCUACCUAUGAACCUAUCACUGCUUUUAGCCUGUACAGUUAUACAACGUUCUUAAAUUACAGACAUAUUAGAUGUGUUUUUAGUGAUGUAAAUAAAAUGAUACACAUGUAAAUAAAUAAUAUUGUGCAGCAACUCUGAAUGUGGGUGCUCUGAAUGUGGGUGCCUGAACUGCGGAGCUAAUCAAUCAGAAAGAAUGUAUGUAUUGUUAUUCUGGAGUGGGCGGAGCUUAGGUCCACCUGUCUUUCAGCUCUGUGCUUCCUCUUGUAUCUCCCAAUCAAAUCAAGUGUUUUACACGGAUAAAUAAAAAGGUGCUUCAAAUGAUUCUUUGUAGGCAAUGUUUGAGUGGCUUGUCAGAUUGCUUGGACAAAUCUAACCAGAUGCCACCGGUCACGAUCAUUACCAUGUACUGCUCUGUCUACUGCUGGUGGUAAUUAAUGCUUUCUAAAGCCCUAUCCGGACGGGAUUCGUUUCUCAGGGGGACUGUGAAAAAUAUUUCACACUUCUAUUCGUGUGAAAUAUUUUAUCUAGUGAUAAAACUCUUGCAUCUGGACUGCAAUUGAAAAAACAGGAUGACCAGUGAGAUUUUUUGCUUUCUCAGCCACGUGACAUCACAUUCAGUAGCUCCUCCAUUUCCAUUCGCUGUUGGGUUUACAUAGAUCUCCAUGGAAAUGCACACCCAGAGUAUAGAUACGGUGUGUGGCAGUGGACAAAUAUCUAUUUUAAUUAACACAAGGUGAUGAAACUCAAAAAAUGUGCGUAUAAACGGGACUAAAAUUACUGGAGGACCACAAAGUUCAGCGAAAUACAGUAGGUAAUUCAGCCUAAGAAAACACAUACAUGGUCGUUCUGGACAGGAAUAAAAUCACAGAGGACCCCCCCAUAAAAGAGAAAAUUAGCCCAGGACCCCCUGAGAAACUAAUCCCAUUCGGAUAGUGAUUAUAAUGUAUUCCUGGUACACACGUGAUCUUGAUCUGUGAAUCAAAGUAUGUUAAAUGCCCACAUAUCAAAUCUUUGGAAUUGAAAUCUAUUAUCCAUCUUGCACUUAUUAUCUGGCUUCGCUUAGAAAAUCGGACAAUAAUUCAUAUAGCCUUGCCAUGAGCACGCUGGCCAGUGUUCAACCUCACUCACAAGAUAACACCUCACAACUUAUACAAGUAUGGGCAUUCCCAACCUUUUGAUGUUGGGCAUGUCCCGUGUUGCUGAAAGAACCCUUUGAAGCACCUUCAUUUUCAAGAAUUAAGACCCACGUUUCUUCCAGUUUUUGGAAAAUGCAUAGAAGUAAUUACUAUAAUUACCACAGUAGCGUUACGCUAUAUAUACAUUAAAUAUACAAGCAAACAGGCAAUGGCUAAUGUGAUGGAGUGUAUUCUUUACUUAAUGGUGAUGAAAUGCUCAUUUCUACAUAAUUCUGUUGAACAUGGCUUAUGGUCUAAAUGUAUCCUCUUGUGUUUGUUCUGAUUCUGGUUGCAUCUUAGAGUAAAAGCUGACCCCCUGCCUUACAGCCUGGCUUGGCUACCACUCCUUAAUAGGUCCAAGCACUGUGAGUGCUGGAACCUUGAAGUUUUAGUUGUUGUUUUUUUUUUUGCUUUGUUUCGUUUUUGCCGUGUCUUAAGUUAUUAUUUAUAGAAAUUUCUGGAUUUAAAUAGACAUCAUUUCUCAAAUGGAGGGAUUGACCAGAUUUGGUAUUUGUGGUAUAUGUGAGUCUUUGGAGAGUUAACGAAAAAUACUUCUGUAUUUUUAAUUGUCUUUCUUUAUCCGGCUAAUUUCUAUUUUAUAUUUAUUUAUUUUUGGACGGUGCUCAUCAAGAGUGAUAUUCAAACCAUUUUACAUGUGUACAUGAAUGAAGUGUUACAGCUCAUUUAUACUCUCAAAAAAAAAACUAUGUAAGCAUCACUGCCUGCAUAUUACUUUGUGUCCUUUAUGUUGGCUUGAAUGUUAAGCAACACAUCCACUAGGGGGCAGUUCAGAGUCGAAUGUUCCUACAGUAACAAACAUUGCAAUGGGGGAGGAGGCAAAAUCAUUCAAUAAAUAAAUGCAUUUUAAAAUUAAAACUUUUGCACCAACAUUUUAUUUUCUUUUUUCAUUGUGCCCAAAUGGUAGAAGUUGGGUUUUACUUAAACUAUUGGCUACAAGGCCCCAUUUCCUACAGUAACUAAUUUUACAAAAUAAAUAAAAUAAAUUAAUAAAAUAAAGAGGAUGGACACAAAAUUCAGAUUUGUAUCUGUAUUUAACAUUGAUCUUAAAUUGGCUUUUAAGUCUUGUCCAAGGCAUCUGGUUAGUGAUGGUGUGUUGUGCCUGCCCAAGGAAUUAAUCUGCUAUAGGAAAGAACAGAUUCUAGUAAUUAUUGAUUAUUUCAUCAAAUGUGAAAAUAACAGGGAAAAAUAAAUAUUCAAUACAUGCUUUCAAAUUACAUGAGUACACAUUUUAAGUCACUAUUCUUUGACUGUACUUCAAAGGAAAAAUGUCCUUUGUGGUCAAUUGUUAUGCUAGGUUAGGCAGAAAACCUUCCCCUUAGCUGCCAUAUCUACUGUAGAUCCAUUUCAGUGAGAUAAUCCAUCUUUCAUCCAGAUGUUUAUAACUACCCCCCUCCUCUACAUCUGCCCCUGCUCUCCAUUUUGCUGGUCUAAAGAAAAGAGGAAAUGCAUUGGUUCUGCUGGAGAACGAAAGCCUGACUGUCUGUAUCUGUGCCAAAAAAAACAAGUGUAACCCCAACCGUGUUUGUUUCCUACCUAGGCCCAAUCCAAGAUUGAUCUUUAUUAUUUUUUGGAAACGCAGUAAACCAUGCCAGCAUCUAAGUUAUUAUUGUUUUAGUUAUACUGUUCAUGAUUUGCUUUAGAUUGAUUUCCAUUAUUUGAUCUUUUUUUUUCUUUUCUUUUCAGCAACACUUUUUCUUCUGUUCUGAGCAUGAUUUUGUAUGUGUGAGGGAGUGUAUGCCUGUUCGUUUACAGCUUUGUGAGAAAAUCACAAAACUCCAUUUCAGUGACAGGAUUUCCAUAACAAUUUGGCCACAGAAUCUACCUUGUGUGAUCCUUUCUGUCUGUUAUAUUUUAAAUUAAAUUAAAUUAUUAUUAUUUUUGCAUGUAAUGCAUUUAUCAUACAAAACGAACUAAGUCCAGAUCACAUGCUCGUAUGGGGUCUUUAUUGACAGACUACCAUGAACCAAAAGGUUUUUUUUUUCCAUGGGUUUCAUUUUGGCCCCACAUUUAGAUGCCCAUCACUGUUAAACCUUAAUGGCCCACAUGUUUGGUCUCGUAGAUGCAACCCAUGUGAAUUUAUGGUAGCCUUUAAACAUAGGGCCUAAUGGGGAAUCCAAAUGCUUUCCAGUAACAUGUACAACAAACUUGUGUAAACUCAUGUCCAACUGGUACUCACAUAAUCCUGUGUUCCACCCAUGUGAGCCCCAUAUGAGCAUGUAGGCUGGGCAGUCUUUUUGAGCAUGCAAUCAAUUUGGCUCAUUUAUCGGUCAGAGCAGGUGACAACCUGUAAAUAACCACUGGUAGUAAAAUAAAGGCAAUUAUUUUUCAACUAAA